GCGCCAUUAAGCUGGAUGCCAACCGCCGUAAGACACGAAGAAGAGAGAACGCGGAAAAAACCCAAAAUGGCGUUUGAUGAAAGAGGCCAAGACGUAGGCAUUAUAUGUCUGUAUUUUUAAUGAACGCAUACAUGUACAUAUAUGUUCUUUAACCGAGUAAAAAUCGUUAAUAAUUGUUUGUAUCUUGAUACAUUAGUCUGAGCGCACUUUGACGCUUCUCGUGCCAUCGUAGCUUAAUUGUUAGCUGCUAACAAACAGAAGUGGAAAUGAUUCAACAUCCCUAAGCAGAGAUCAGAUGUGAGUGUUAAAGUGUUGUGAUUGUGUGAAAAUGUGCGAAAGAACGAUAGCAAAUUACAAGGAGGAACUUUCUCCAACAAAAGAGAAGAAGGAGCGACAACAUCAACUAUUGGACGCCGUUAUUGAAAAACAUCAAGUUGUGUUACACAGAACAGACGUCCAGCAGCCCCCCCACAUUAAAGAGGAAGAGGAGGAACUCUGGAUCACUCAGGAGGAAGAGUGUCUUCUAGGGCAGGAGGAGGCUGAUCUCACCAAGUUUCCACUGACUGUUGUCUCUGUGAAGACUGAAGACCAUGAAGACAAACCACCUGAGUCCUCACAGCUUCAUCACAGUCCAAGAGUCAGUGAAGAACAUCUUCUCCCGAAGCCGCAGGAGGAGCCACAGCCCCGCCACAUUAAAGAGGAAAAUGAGCCACAGUCCACCCACAUUAAAGAUGAAAAGGAGGAGCCACAGCCCCUUCAAAUGAAGGAGGAAGAACACAGCAUCAGUCGGGAUGGAGAGCAUGUUGAAGGACAGGAGGAGUUCCCAUUGAUUAAUGUCCCUGUUAAGAGUGAAGAUGAUGAGGUCAAAGGUGAAAGUGAGGAGAAGAGAGAGGUGGAGCCUCCAAGCAGCAGCUCAACAGAAGCUGAUGGAGACCACUGUGGAGGAUCACAAGCAGACAAGCUUUUAGCUCCACUAUCAGAUAGUGACGACACAACCUCACACUCUCCUGACACCGAUGAUGAAGACUCUGAAGCUGAUAAGACACGUGACACUGACGACACACACUUGAAAUGCUCUCACUGUGACAAAACCUUUAAAUACCAUUUUUAUCUGAAAACACACAUGAGAAUGCACACCGGAGAAAAACCCUUUUCAUGCUCAAUCUGCGGUUUAGGUUUUACGCAGAGUGGAAGUUUGACCGUACACAUGAGAACACACACAGGAGAGAAACCUUUUUCUUGUUCAGUCUGUGGCAAAGGUUUUGUGACGAGUCAAAAUUUGAACGUACAUGUGAGAACGCACACAGGAGAGAAACCUUUUACUUGUUCAAUCUGCGGUAAAGGGUUUGUAACAAGUCAAAGUUUGAAUAUACACACAAGAACGCACACCAAGGAAAAACCUUUCUCUUGUUCAAUCUGCGGUAAAGGUUUCGUAACAAGUCAAAAUUUAAAAUUACACAUGAAAAUGCACACUGGUGAAAAACAUUUUAUCUGUUCGAAAUGUGGUAAAGGUUUUACACAAAGUCAAUGUUUAAAAAGACACACCAGAUUACACGCCGAAGAAAAACCUUUUUCUUGUUCAAUCUGUGGUAAAAGUGUGAAAAAUUUGAAAAUACACAUGAGAAUACACACCGGUGAAAAAACAUAUUCCUGUUCGAGCUGCAACAGAAGCUUUUAUGACCGAUCGGAACUUGCAAGACACAUGAGAACACACACAGGUGAGAAAGUGUUGAGUUGCAGUGUGUGUCAUGAAAGAUUUUCUUAUAAGUACCAGUUGAAGAAACACAAAUGUGCUGGUGACAACAGCAGGAGCAAAUUAAGUUAAAGGAUUCAAAUUAAACGUGCAA